AUGAUUUUCCAACUACUACUAUUAUUAUUCAUAUUCACAGAAAACAGCUUAUGCUAAUAUUGCUUCAAUGGUAUAUUUCCUUACUAAAUAGGUGGAAAUUCAGGAACUACUAGUUUUACAGCAAUUACUAUGGACUCUAAUAAGAAUAUAGGCAUAGGAGGAUAUACUGACGACUCAACUGUAUCAACUGAUGUUAUUGCUAAUUCAAAAGUGCCAAUAGUAGCUUUAGUUUAAAGUGAUGGUAUUUUUAGAUGGGCAAAAUCAAUCUAAUUGUCAAGUUAUGUUCAAGCUAUGAUAUUUACUAGAGAUUAUAAUGCAUAAACAGGUGAUUAAACAGCUGGAUUUUGGAUUUAAACUGGGAUUUUUCAAGCAGGCUCUUAUUAAAUUGCAGCAGAUACAGCAAACAAAAUUUACUUCUCUUGGAGUAAUGUAUCAGGCUAACUAAAAAUUGUAAGAAUCAGUAUCAAUGAUCCAAGUGUGGCUAAUUUUGAGAGGAUAAAUAUCAAUUGUGAGCCAGCUCAGCCUCAGGGUUUAAUUCUUUUUGAGACACCUCUUUCAAUGCAGCUAAUAACUGUAGGAUAUCUUACCAAUAUUACUACUGGUGUCCGUUAUCCUUUUAUUUUGAAUCACAAUGCAAAUACUAAUUUUAAUUUGUAUUUUGGGAAAGGAAUAGUCAAUUAGGUUAGUAAUGUUUAUGUAUCUGAUAUAUCAGCAUAUUACGACAUUGGAUCCCUUACAGAACCAUAUACAAUGUAUACUUGUGUUUAGUAUAAUAAUUCAAAUGCUCUAUUCAUGAGACUUAAAUACAACUAAAUGUUUAAUAUAUAAGAUACAAAGGCCUAUUACUUUGGACAGAAUACUGAUUUAACAAAUUGUAGAGGAGUUUAUGCUAGAAAUUAAAAUCUUCUCUAUGCUUAUGUAUUUUAUCUCUAAUUUAGCCAAUUCAAAUUUCUUAUCAUAAAUUAUGAACCUGACACACCAAUUUUUACUGAAUAGGAUUUAGGAGCAUUCAAUGGAGGUACUAAUGAAUUAAAGAAGAGCAUAUUUUUUGAUCAUCUAAACUCAUUCUACAUCGCAGAUAUAAAGUACAUUAACUUUGUUGGUAAAUCUUAUACAUAAGUUACAGGAGCACUUAUGUCUUAUCAUAAUGGAUAAUCUUGCGUCCCAUCUAUUUUAACUAAUACAGCAAAAACUGCAAAAAAAUUUGAAUAUAAUUUGAUUGACCUAAACGUAGGAAAAAGUGUUUACGAAGUUCAAAAUCGAGGAACUUUAACUGCUAAUACACUAAAUAGCCUUAAUCUUAAUUUAGGUGGGUGGUGUCUUAAUAAUUUGGUUUAAUUAGUCUAGAAUAAGUAAGUAUCAAAAGAUUAUGAUUUGUACUCAGGUAUUAAAAAAUUCCCAAUCGAUAUCUCAAAAACAUAUCCUUAUUGCUCAGAUGCAAGUUAUACAACAUAAACUCGAUUAUACUACAAAUCUGAUGUCUUAAAUCCAGAUGGAUCAAUGCUCUAAUAAGAUUAUCCUUUACCAAGUUUUAUUGUAUUCAAUUAUAGUGAUCUGAAUGUUCAUGUCAAUACGGAUGACCAAGCUAAUGUCCGUUCAUACUAUUUUCAUAUCUAGACUUUUAUAAAUCAAAAAACUAGUUAGCUUCAAGAAUAUGUUUACUAGAUAAAUGUAAAAAAUCCCUGUUUAAAUGCUUCGAUAACUGCUCCAGUUCAAGAUAGCAUUGUAAUGUUUAGAUAAUUGAAUGGUAGUUAAGAGUAUGUUUUCUAGAAUUUCAGUUUUGGACAUGAUUAUUGUGAGACAGUUAUUUAACUAUUUGAUCCAGCAACUGGAAAUGUUGUUAUUCCAUCAUUGGUGACCUAUAAUAAUUUAACUAAUCCUUACAAGAUUAUAAUUAACACUGAUUCACCAUCACCAUUGAUCUACAAUAUUUCUGACGGUCCACUUUUAUUUAACAUAUCAAAUACCUGGAAAGUUUUCCAAGGCUGGGACUGCUCAACAUUUAAAUUCAUUUGGCUUUGGAUGAAAAAUGGAGUUCAUAAUCCUCUACCUUCAUCGAUUCAAUACGACUUUGUGACUUAGAUAUUAACGAUUCACACUGAUGAUAUAGCAGAUGAAGGAGACCCUUUAAUAUCAUUCGAAUUCAAGGAUUUCGUAAAAACCCCUAAUUGUCCAUAUUAGAUCAAUUAUUUAGCAAGUGAAGAAUUUAAAUCUAAUUUGCCCACUUUUGUUUCAUUUGAUGAAUAGAUGAGGAAGUUCUAUGUUAACACAAAGAAGGAUAGUGACGCAAAAAGUUAUACUAUCAGACUAAGAGGUUUUGUAAAUAAACCCGCAAGUUAUGGGUAUCAAUACAAUGGUGUCACAUACUUUAAGUUAUUAGUCGUUUCUAGUAAGUACUAAAGCACAAACACAGGUCCUCCAGUUCUAGAUCAAGUUUUACAGAGAAUUUAUAUGCUUGUUGGUACAAGUAGAGAAUUUAAUUUACCUACGAUUACUGACCCUGAUAAUGAUUAAUUUACUAUAAAUGUAGACCUUGGAUCAUCCUAUCCAUUUACAACUUACAAAUAUCCAACAUUUAAAUUCAAUCCUGGCAGCAAUGCCAAUGGUACAUAUUUAAUUAAGAUAGUAUUAGCAGAUAAAAAUAAAAUUCCAAAGAGUUCAAAAUAUACACUUGAGCUUGAUGUACUAAGUGAUGAUUUAGCCUAUAAUUUUUCUUUCGUAGGAAAAACUCCCACUAAAGUAAUUAAGUCUGGAUUUUCCCCGACAUUGCUAAGUUAUUAAUAAGGGCAAUUAGGCUCAGCUUCAACAUCUUUGAAAUCAAUAAUGAUAAGCAAUUUCGCUGUUAAUAUUUUAAUAUAUCUUUUAAGAAUUAUGCUUUUGAAGGAUAUAUUAACUAAAUCAAGCUAUAAUAAUGAAAAUGUAGUUUAAAAUUUAGGAAGUUUGUUCUAUAUGUUGCUAAAAUAUGAUACCCCUAGUGAUAAAUUUUCUUCAGUAUUAGCUAUUGGAUUAUUGAUUCUUAGUCUUGGCUUUCCUUUGUUUAUAAUGGCAUUUCUUAAUAUCAAUUACAAAAUUCUCAAAGAGAAGGAGUUUAAAGAUAGAUUUGGUUCUUUAUAUGAUUAAUUAAAAGUUGAUGAUAAAUAAGCUCUGCUCUACAAUGUUUUCUUUACAAAAUUUCUUAACAGACUGGAGUAGUUUAAUGAACUUUGCAUUUUAACUGUUGCUUAUCACUUGAUCAUUUUUACUGACUAUGUUAGUGAAGAUGAAAUUAGAGAUAAUUUUGGUACUUCAAUAAUUAGUAUCACUGUUCUCAACAUAGCUGUUAAUAUGGGCAUUAUGCUUUAUGAAACUUUUCUGAAACUCAAAGUAAAGGUUAAAGAAAUGGCUUAAAAAAUUAAGAAUUUCAAAUUCUCCAGGAUAUAUAAAAAAUAUAAAGCAAACUUCGAUAACUAUGAUGACAAUAUUAUAAGUCUAUCUACAAAGAAUGAAUAAUUUGAAAUCAAUGAUACUACAAUGAAUAUUUCAAAAGAUGAUACUAUAGAAUAACUUAGAAAAGAUCUUGGAGGAGUAAAAAAACGAUAAAAUAAUUUUUUAGUUGAAAGUCUUAGCCCUAUUGAGCAAUUAAAACAGCUUGAACAAUAGGCCAUUCCCAGAAUAACUAAACAUCUAUAUGUUAAACAGAGAAAAGAGAUCAAUGAAAUCUAGCAAUAAGCAGCUAGAUAGUAAGUAAAGCAAGAUUUAAACAAUUCAGAUGGUUUUGGAUCUAUGGAAUUUAAAAUUAGCUAAAUUAAUAAUGAAAAUCCAGAUUUAAGCCCUGUUGAACAUUUUAAAAGAAAUUUAAAGGUCAAAAAGAAGAAAAAGAGUAAGAAAUAAUCUUCCAAUAGAGAUAUUUAAAACAUUUAGCAUAAUAAAAAAGCUAGUCUUGCAUUUAGAGACCCUUUCAAAAUCUAUUAAGGAAUUAAACUGCAACUAGACUAACUAAAUUCAGAAGGUCAAUUAUAAACCUUAGAAUAAUAAGAUUAUGACAACGAUUCGGAUGAAAUACCAUCCCUCUAAGAUAAUAAUGUAGAUGUUUUAGAUAAGUAUUUGGAAUAAAAAAAUAAAAUACGUUAAGAAAUUAAUGAUGAUCUGAACUUUCGAGUUCAAUAUAUAAUUUAGCAAAGGAAAUAAAAAGAACCAGACAAUCAUCAUUAAAAUAAUUGA